GCUGAGGUCAGAGGGAGGCGGCCUGUCGCCCGAGCGGAGCGCCUGCGCCGAGCGGGGCGGUAGCGGAGCAGAGCCAGAGCGUGGCCGGAGCCGAGCGGAGCGCAGCCCCAGCGCGCGGCGGAGACGCUGACCCCGCCCGGCCCCGCGCCGCCGCGGCAGGCCCGGCAUGGAGGAGGAGUGCCGGGUGCUCUCCAUUCAGAGCCACGUCGUCCGCGGCUACGUGGGCAACCGGGCGGCCACGUUCCCGCUGCAGGUUUUGGGGUUUGAGGUCGACGCAGUGAACUCUGUCCAGUUUUCAAACCACACAGGCUACUCGCACUGGAAGGGCCAAGUGCUGAACUCGGAUGAGCUCCACGAGCUGUACGACGGGCUGAAGCUGAACGACGUGAACAAGUAUGACUACGUGCUCACGGGUUACACGCGAGACAAGUCCUUCCUGGCCACGGUGGUGGACAUCGUGCAGGAGCUGAAGCAGCAGAACUCCAGGCUCGUGUACGUGUGCGACCCCGUGAUGGGAGACAAGUGGAACGGAGAAGGCUCCAUGUACGUCCCCGAGGACCUCCUUCCGGUUUACAGAGAGAAGGUCGUGCCGGUUGCAGACAUCAUCACCCCCAACCAGUUUGAGGCUGAGUUGCUGAGCGGGAGAAAGAUCCACAGCCAGGAAGAAGCCUUAGAGGUGAUGGACGUGCUGCACUCGAUGGGCCCCGACACGGUGGUCAUCACCAGCUCGGACCUGCCGUCCCCGAGGGGCAGCAACUACUUGAUCGCGCUGGGGAGCCAGAGGACACGGACCCCCGACGGCUCCGUCGUGACACAGCGCAUCCGCAUGGAGAUGCGCAAGGUGGACGCAGUCUUCGUGGGCACCGGGGACCUCUUUGCCGCCAUGCUGUUGGCGUGGACGCACAAGCACCCCAACAAUCUCAAGGUGGCCUGUGAGAAGACCGUGUCGGCCAUGCAUCAUGUGCUGCAGCGGACCAUCAAGUGUGCAGAAGCCAGGGCUGGGGAAGGACUGAAGCCCAGCCCGGCCCAGCUGGAGCUCAGGAUGGUCCAGAGCAAGAAGGACAUCGAGAACCCGGAGAUCGUCGUCCAAGCCACGGUGCUGUGAGGGCCGCGCGAACCCGCCUCCUUAACGCCCAGCGUUAGGUGUCUCCGUUUCCGUCCUUGUGAAAAAUGUAAUGUCUGCCUUAGAGCUGUGACCGAAACUUGAUAUUUUUUUCUUCUUUCA